UUUAACACUGCUCCUUCCAAUAGUUUCUCGUUUAUCGGGAAAAUGAGGGUGUUUCCAGGAUCUCUCUUAUUGGCGGUGCUUUUGGUUGUAUGUGAAAUUGCCUUUAUGGUUGAAGGACAAACUCUGGUUCAAGAUGGAAAGAUCAACUUCACUGCCUCAUAUCCUGACUUGCUUUAUUGCACGAACGUGCAGUUCCCUCGUGCAUUCUCCAGCUCGAGAAAUGUACGGGUGAUAACUUCCAUCAGCUAUGAGUCCAACACUCGCAGUGUACACGACUCGGCUGCUGUAUGGACGUCAGACUUGACACAGAGCAGUUUCCGCGUAUGUGUAUUGGAGUCGGGACCUGGUACAAACGGAUCCGCCGUCGUGAACUGGAUUGCAUUUCGAAGCGCUCCUUCUGGAAUGUUGGACGGCACCGCCUCCUUCAGCGCAUUUACCAGUGGAACAAAAUGUGAAAGAGUUACCUUUGCUCAGGACUUUGUUACUUAUCUUGAUCCUUGCAUCAAUGUCUCUUGUAACUAUUUUGCUGUCUGCAAGGCAUUUGGACCCAAAGACGCCAGGUGCAUAUGCGUGGAGAAUUGUCCAUCGUACGACGAGCCUGUGUGUUCAUCCAAUGGAACCACCUACGACAACGAGUGCAUUUUUCAGAGAGAAAUGUGCCGCUUAAAGGCUAAUUUUACCCUGUAUCAUCCGGCUGAUUGUACAGGUUUCCCUUCACAAAAAGGUCGUCAUCGUCUUCGCCAUCACCCAAGCUGGGCUGAGGCAGUUUGUGAACAGGUCCCACUGGUUCCUUAUGUCUUCUAUCCUGACAAACCUGUUCACAUACAAGUAUCUGUUAAUCACAACAACUUCUCGGAUCCCUCCUAUGUCCACGAGGCUGUUGUGGCCUGGGUCGAGGAUAUAAUGGAAAACAAUUUUACGGUUUGUGUCACUCAGGCUGGGAGAAAUGAGAAGAAAAAUGGAAAGACAUUCGCGUCAGUUGACUGGUUAGCAUACCAGGGGGCCCCUGACGGGGGAGUGUCGGGUGAAAUGGACAUGCCGACGUGGUGGACUGGAACGAGCUGCCGUAGAGUUUCGCUGCCUCCGAAAAAGUUUAAAUCAAUUCCAACCGUCUUUGUGACGACUGACCAUGAAAGGCGGGGAGUGAAGCACGAUGCGUCUACUGUCUGGGUGGAAGAUUUGACGACAACUUCCUUCAAGAUCUGUGUCAGGGAGUUACAGAACUUUGAUGGAGCUCACGAAAGUAUCCAUGUAGACUGGAUGGCAUUUGAAGAGCUUCAUCAACCCUUGUUUAUGGAGCAUGGCUCAUUAUACUUUGAAAACGGGAAAAAUCCAUCCAAAGAGUUUAACUAUGCUUUUUGUGAGGAUGUUGUUUUUAAGAAGCCCUACAACGACUCCCCAGCCAUUCUGGUAUCUGCCAACCACUCAACAAAUGGAGGAAACCUUAAUCCACUGUAUAACUCCAUAUCAGCCUGGGCUGAAUAUAUCAACAAGACUGGCUUCAGAGCAUGCGUGAAAGAGUUAUUUGUGAACCAACAUGAUCCUCUCUCAGUUUCAUAUGCAGUUAUGCCAGAUGUAUGUGAGCCAGGCUGGAGUUUCUACAAUGGCUCCUGUUACUAUACUAGUGAUACUUGUGAAACCUGGUCCAAAGCCAGUAGAAUAUGCCGGAGCAUGGGUGCUAAUCUACCAGCUAUUGAAAGUCAGGAGGAGAAUGUCUACAUUCAACACAGACACAAUGGCGAAAAGGCCUGGAUCGGUUUGAAUGACAUUGCUACAGAGGGAUUAUUCACCUGGGCGGAUGGGUGUCCUGAUAAAUUCCGCUACUGGGCAGAGAACCAACCAAAUGACUUUCGGGGGGAGGACUGCGUACACACUCUUGGUCCUAGUCAUGGAUACAUGUGGAAUGACGUGGAUUGUUCUGCCUGUCAUCAGUAUACUUGCAAAAGAGGUUUUAAUUAUUAUGUUUUAAUAUAUUUAAAAGUAUAUCUGUCAUGAUAAUUGAGCAAACUUUCACCAAACAAUCAAAUGCAAGCAGAGGUUAGCAUCAGUGAGGUAUAAAGUCUGAAAUCGCAGGUUUUGGCCCCGACCUAUAUUGUCGUAAAUCUAAAGCGUUCUAUCAAAAAUGGCACAACUUUGUUAACUACACCACUCGCUUACCAUUCCUUGAUGAACAGUGGUAAUACGAAUAGCCUAACACAAAGAGGCAGCGGAAAACAAACAAAAUAAAAAAAAAAUUAGCCUGUCUUGAGAGGUUUCGAAGGACGAGUACAUUUACACUUAAACAACUUCAUAAAAUAUUCAAGAUGUUACGCGCGCUCUCAUUAGUCAUUAGGUCUGUUUAGAUGAGAGUAAGGAAACAUAGUUGGGGCGUCACACUUUCGUCUGUCGAAUUAGUUUUGAAAAAUAUUUUAUAGCCCCAUCUAAACAUGGAGGGGGAUAGGGGAAUUCUCGUAUAAGUUAUGCAAAUCCGAGACGCAGUCGUGGGUUUGCAUAACUUUCUGAAUACUCUCAACACCCAUCGUGUUUAAAUUGGGCUAAUUUAAUAAUUAUGUAAUUUAAAACAGAAUCGCAUGAUCGAAUAAAAUCUUACAUUUUGAAUGGUUAACGAAACGAGGUAUUUGGAGUGGAAUUGCGAGUUCAACACGAGGCUAAGUGAUAUUGUUUCGCAUCUACUUAAACAUAACAACUAUCGUCAAAUUGUAACACCACGACUGCAAAAACGUUUUCCUAAAAUGUCAUUGUAAAAUAUUUUCAAAACCAUUGUCACCUUUUAAAGAGCAAAACACAAACAAAAGCGAUUUUCAAAGUGAGCCGGAGGUAUUUUUUACUUUCAAACGGCUUUCUAGAGCGCGCUUUGGAUGAAACAACCAACCAGAUUUACUGUUUCCUUUUUUAUCUUAUUUUUAUUCAAUUAUGCGAUUCAAGGAAAAUCCAUUACCCGACUCGCGAAUUCCAAAUUCUGUGAAAACCGGUAUCGCGCUCAUCGCUUCGCGAUUCGUGCUAUAUCGGUUUUCGCGUGCAAUUUAACGCGGAAUUCCUUCGUCAGGUAAUAAAUUUUUUUAUCGAGAAAGUCCUCUGUUGCUUACAGAUUCCUCACUCUCGACAUCUGUGCUUGAUAGAAACCUCGAGCUCAUUAUCAUUAUGUUGCUUACAUUAUGUUGCUGUGAAGGUGUAGUCUGAU